GGGGGACACAGGUACUGCUGCACCCGCUGCCUGGGCACCCACCAGGACACCAGGUGCCUGAAGUGGACGGUGUGACCCCUCCCCCCGACGUGACCGCCGUGACCACGCCCACCAAGGUGGCCGCCCUGGCUCCUCCCACCAAGAUGGCCGCCCUGACUCCUCCCACCAACAUGGCCGCCCUGACUCCUCCCACCAACAUGGCCGCCGUGACCACGCCCACCAAGAUGGCCGCCCUGGCUCCUCCCACCAAGAUGGCCGCCAUGACUCCUCCCACCAACAUGGCCACCCUGACUCCUCCCACCAACAUGGCCGCCGUGACCGUGCCCACCAAGAUGGCCGCCCUGGCUCCUCCCACCAAGAUGGCCGCCCUGACCCCUCCCACCAACAUGGCCGCCGUGACCACGCCCACCAAGAUGGCUGCCCUGACUCCUCCCACCAAUGUGGCCUCGACUCCUCCCACCCAAGAUGGCCGCCAUUUCCCCACCCAAGAUG